AUGCUAGAAGAAAUAAUUGUGAAUGCUGAUGAAAUGCCCAAGCUUUCUAGUGAUAAUCCAAUAUCGCAUAACACAAGAGGUUCAGGGAGCAGAGCAAAUGGAGUUUGGAGAACUACAUCAGCAGGGGACCAGUUGCCACUGACCAGCCAGGUUAGGAAUACUUCCUCAUCCACAUCUCCUUUGCUCAGCAGCACUCAGACAGGACGAGCCACAUCAGCCGCACCAAGCUUGGUGAAACAAUUGAGCAAAACCCAAGGAGAACAGCAAGAAGGCUUGAAGGGUGAUCAGGUCCAACAGGACAAGAUCUGGAGAGAGUUUGUGGAUGCUGAAAGACGGGCAACCAAAUACUGGUAUCAGAACUGGGAUUUCCUAAAGGACUAUGAUCCAAUGGGCAAGAAAAAAGAGCAUGAGCAACUGCCUCAGUAUGUAUCAGUAUUUUCAGACAAGAUUCCCAACACUAAUGGCCACAUUUUUGGCAGCCAAAUGAACACUGAUCUUGGCAAAACUCUGGUAAAAAUGGACUACUUCUUCAACUAUGGAAGAAGAAAAAACAAACUUGAACAGGAACUUCAGCCUUCAUAGAAUAACAA